GCAUUCAAGGCAUCUCUUGCGGUGCAGACUGGUGUUCUUUUAUUUUUGCAAGUCCCGACUAUAUUCUAACUUUGCCGCAAUUCUUUUCAAACUACGGGUAUACACCAUUGCACGCCGCUACAUCACUAUGUUGCCAGGAUAACGUCUCACGGUCUCAGAGGCGAAGCGCGUGCUUGAUAUGACGUAUCGCAUUCACCCGGUUGAGGCGCGUACAACUGUGGUCUGCAUGGUGCCUGUAGAGGCGGCGGCAACCUUCCGUCCCAUUACCGGAUCCAAUUUUGUAAGAAAUUUGCAUUAACUAACGCGUUAGCGGCGAUCUGUGGCGCGCGCUAUGCGUUGCCGUCAAGAUUAGAAACCAGCGCCAAGAUAGCACUCGCCGAGAGCGAUUCAAUCGUCGCUACCGUGGUUGAAAGGAGCGUACCGCCACAAUGCAUGCAUCUGCAGUGCUGCAGAGGAGGAGACGACAGGUCGAGUCGCAGCAACAGAGUUCUGUGGAGCCGAUGCAAGUCGACGCGCCGCCCGAGGAGAAUGAAGCGGCCGAGGAAGAGACCUACGUAGUCGAAAACCCAACUUUGGACCUGGAAGCACACGCCAACAGCUAUGCGGGCCUUGCCCGACUUUACCGACUCCUCUACAUUGCCGACCACUGCCCGUCGCUGCGAGUCGAGGCUCUGCGCAUGGCCCUCACCCAUGUGCAGAACACGUACAACAUCGCCAAGUACCAGGAGAUUCACAAGAAGCUCAGCGAGGCUGUGGGGAGCACUCCGAACCUACCUGAUGUGACGGGCAGCAGCAGCAGCAGCUCAGGAGCCGUGCCACCCCUAGACAGCCAGUGGAUUGAGACCCGCAGCAAAAAGGCAGCAUUGAAGCUGGAAAAACUCGACACCGAUCUCAAGAACUACAAGAGCAACUCGAUCAAGGAGAGUAUCAGGCGCGGCCACGACGACCUUGGCGACCACUACCUCGACUGCGGGGACCUCAACAAUGCGCUCAAGUGCUUCUCCCGGGCACGCGACUACUGCACGAGUAGCCGGCACGUGGUCAACAUGUGCCUAAACGUGAUAAAGGUCAGCAUUUACCUGCAGAACUGGUCCCACGUGUUGACGUAUGUCAACAAGGCGGAGGCGACGCCAGAAUUUGCUGACGGCCAUGCCAAGGACACGCACCAGAGCAUAGUGACCAAGCUACGGUGUGCAGCCGGACUAGCCGAGCUGGCCACCAAGAAGUACAAGUCUGCUGCCAAGAACUUCCUUCAGGCCAGCUUCGACCACUGCGACUUUCCCGACAUGCUGUCCCCGAACAAUGUUGCCAUGUACGGCGGACUCUGUGCCCUGGCGUCGUUUGAUCGCCAGGAACUUUUGCGCAACGUCAUCUCUAGCAGCUCUUUCAAGUUAUUCCUCGAGCUGGAGCCACAGCUGAGGGACAUAAUCUUCAAGUUCUACGAGUCCAAGUAUGCCACAUGCCUGACACUGCUGAAUGAAAUCAAAGACAAUCUCCUCUUGGAUGUGUACCUGGCCUCGCAUGUCAACACUCUGUACACCCAGAUCCGGAACAGAGCCCUCAUUCAGUAUUUCAGCCCAUACUUGUCGGCCGACAUGACGAAGAUGGCGCAGGCGUUUAACACUACCCUCGGUCCGCUCGAAGAGGAGUUGAUGCAACUGAUUCUCGACGGACAGAUUCAGGCACGCAUAGACUCUCACAACAAGAUACUGUACGCCAAGGACAUUGACCAGAGGAGCACCACCUUUGAACGGGCACUUGCGAUGGGCAAGGAUUACAAGCGCAGGACAGCUGCAUUGGUACUGAGGUCUGCAAUGCUCAAGAAUCAGAUACACGUUAAGCUUGCUGGCUCUCAUGCUACCCCGCAGCACAUGCGAUGAGCAAAGUCCCGUUGUCUGAACCGAGGUGUCGCGCCGGGUUUUGCGCAGAGCUUGCCCCGAGAAGGCUCGCAGGGCGCAGACAUCUCCAUGGUGUCGUGCAACUGCACCGCGGCUCGCAACUAGCCGGGGAUGCCAGCCGAGCUCCUGGCACUGACUGUGCGCCCCAGUUGUUUCUCUCUCUCUCUCUCUCUCUCCUCGAUGCACCUCCCCACCUUUUCUUUUUGCGUGUGCGUGCAUGUGUGUGUCUUUCUUUCUUUUUGUUUUUCUUUUAGAUUUGAAGUGUCUCCCGGAAGAAGAUUCGGCUGCUGCCAUCAUUGCCAAAUUCUUCGUUUAUUUGCGAGGCGCACUUCUACAUUGUAAUAAAAUUUUACAGCAGCGUAUUGUAGUGAUCGCGCUUUUCUGUGGCAGAUCUUAGUGCGGGGUUGGUGGUUAAGGCGAAGCUGGAGUAUUGAAAUUUCUUGGUCUUUGGAGGAGUCUCGGCACUUUAGGAAUUGUCGCGGAAUGGCUAUCUUUGUGGUUGCCCUAAUAUACAUGAGAAAAAGGAAAGCGUAGGCCAGCAGACAGCCGCUCGAUAAGUUUUGCACUUGAAUUUCUUGCUUAUUGGUCCACUUCAUGGGAUAAAUUUGAACACAUCAGGGAUACUAUCAGUGGAGAUGGCAACAUCAACUUAUUGAUAAUGAAGCUGCACCAGAUGUGAAAAGUUAUUUAGACGAACUUUUUUGCGUGCGAAACCUUCCAAACCGAAAUUGGCAACUGUUACCUGUGCUAAACCCGAGUUGCCGCUCUUGAUCAUUUAGUCAUUGUUUGCAGAACCCCCAGCAGAAUUCGGAACAAUUUUUCUUGGAUGUUUCGUACGACACAUACACUAUUACGCUUUUGUGCAUCGUGCUGCAGAAAAUAUUAUACUUGUGGCGAAGCUGCAGGCAUAGUGGGCUAUAGCUUGGCUUUAAAGUAAGGACUUGGCAAGGUAAAAAUGCUGUUGAGGCAGCAAAUGGCACCAGAAAACUUGAGGGACAAGGAAGAAGACCAAGGCGAUAAAAAAAAAAAGCAUGCAAUUGUUUGUCUCCUUGCUUGUCCCUUGUGUUCUCUGGCGCUGGUGGCUGUCAUAAUGAAACAACUAGCCCAGCGAUACAUGUUGCUGUUGGAGGAGACAUAUGCAUUGCUUUUAUCAAGCGAAGAUUCACAAGUAGGUUCACAACUGAUUUCUUGUUAUUGCAGGUUUCAAUGACAGUAAACAUCUUUAUCUUUAAUGUACUCUAGAUUUUUUGAAAUUUAUUUGUGGAGGUGGAGUUCAGAAGUGUGGCACCAAGGCAUACUUUUUAGUUAUAAACUGUUUCUCUCCAACUCUUGUGUUGCUCAUUAUGUAUGCCUGCAUCCUCGCUUGUCACUAACUGCCACUGCCGACACUGUGAGCUACAAGAAUGCAUCUUGGAUUAAGCCUCUUGCUGGUAUAGUUACAGCCGAGAACAGUGGAGCAAGGUGGCGAGCCACGCUAGUUGUCUGAUGUUCAUCUUGGAACGUUCUUGAAGUACAACGCCAGGCACAGAGAAAAAGAUGAGCAAACAAAAACGCUAGAUUGGACAGUGCUUCAGUGGCAACUGCGGUUUUUAUUGGACAUACAAAUGAUGCUAGCUAUUUUCGUGGCUCAUCUUCUUUCUGUGUGAUGGCAAUUGUGCUUCAUUUGUUGAGAACAGCGGAGUUGCCGCUGUCAUUUUUUCUCAUUUCAAAAAUUGCGGGAAUGAUUUCUCACUGAUAUGUUUGUGUGCCGUUGAACGGCAAUGGUGUGAGUCAGAUUUGCAAGAGUUUUGAAUAAAUGUCCGAUUUCUGCCUUGAGAA